ACAAAGUCAACCAAAUCCUCAUCUUAUUAUCAAGUCUCUCAGUUCCCUCACCACUCUCUUCUGUCACCAUGGAGUCUCAACCACUUCACAUGUUUGGUCUUGCAAUAUCCUUUUUCCUCUUCAUUAUUUUGGCACUCAAAAUAGGGACCAAUCUCAAGAAAACUGAGUCAUCUCAAAAAAUACCACCAGGACCAUGGAAGCUACCUGUCAUAGGAAACAUACACAAUCUUCUUUCAUCUGCACCACACAGAAAAUUAAGAGACUUGGCCAAAAUAUAUGGUCCCUUGAUGCAUCUUCAACUUGGGGAGGUCUUCACAAUCAUUGUUUCCUCACCAGAAUAUGCCAAGGAGAUCAUGAAAACCCAUGAUCUCAUCUUUGCAUCAAGGCCUACAAUUCUAGCUUCUGAUAUACUAACUUAUGAGUCCACUGAUAUAAUUUUUGCACCCUAUGGAAACUAUUGGAGACAGCUACGAAAAAUCUGCACAGUGGAGCUUUUCACCCAAAAACGUGUGAGCUCAUUCCAGCCAAUAAGAGAAGAGGAACUCACCCAUCUUGUCAAAAUCAUCGAUUCACAUAAAGGGUCUCUCUUCAACCUCACUGAAGCAGUGCUUUCAUCGGUGUAUAACAUCAUGUCAAGAGCUGCGUUUGGCAUGAAAUGCAAAGACCAAGAGGAAUUCAUAUCAGUGGUGAAAGAAGCCGUGGUAAGUGGAUCAGGUUUCAACAUAGGAGAUCUGUUUCCUUCAGCUGAGUGGCUUCAAACAGUUACUGGUUUGAGGCCUAAGCUCGAGAGACUGCACCGACAAACAGAUAGGAUAUUAGGAGACAUCAUCAGUGAACACAAAGCAGCAAAGUCCAAAGGUGAAGCAGAGGAAGAUUUGGUAGAUGUUCUUCUGAAAUUCCUUGAUGGUAAUGAAAGUAACCAGGAUAUUUGCUUAACUAUUGACAAUAUCAAGGCUAUAAUCCUGGAUGUGUUUGCUUCUGGAGGAGAGACAUCAGCAACUACCAUUAUUUGGGCAAUGGCAGAGAUGAUGAAGGAUCCAAGAGUAAUGAAGAAAGUACAAGUUGAGGUGAGAGAGGUAUUCAAUAUGAAAGGAAGAGUUGAUAAAGUUUGCAUGGAUGAACUCAAAUAUUUGAAGUUAGUUGUGAAAGAGACCCUAAGGUUACAUCCACCAGCUCCUCUUUUACUUCCAAGAGAAAGUAGAGAAGCAUGUGAGAUUAGUGGGUAUCAUAUUCCAGUCAAAAGCAAGGUGAUUGUGAAUGCUUGGGCAAUUGGAAGAGAUUCUAAUCAUUGGAGUGAAGCAGAAAGGUUUUAUCCAGAGAGAUUCAUUGAUAGCUCUGUUGACUACAAAGGAAACAAUUUUGAGUACAUUCCUUUUGGUGGUGGAAGAAGAAUAUGCCCAGGAAGCACAUUUGGUCUGAUCAGUGUUGAGCUCACACUUGCAUUUUUGUUGUAUCACUUUGAUUGGAAGCUUCCCAUGGGAAUGAAAAAUGAGGAUUUGGACAUGACCGAGCAGUUUGGAGUCACUGUUAGAAGAAAAGAUGACGUAUACUUGAUACCUGUCACUUCUCCAUCUUUUCUGGUAAGAUAAACCAUACCAGAAAGAUAUAAUAAAUAACUCUAUAAAUACAUGUGGACCCCAGCCAUUAAGAGGUAACCCCUAAGGAUCCAGACCGCCUACGUUAGAAGAUAACAUGUACAAGUCAAGAAGGAACUAGCUCGACAGGUCAAGGAUUGAGGUAAGAAAUGAAGCAAAGUGGUGAAAUACCAGUGGACCCUGAACUGCAAAAUUCACACUUCAGCCAACAACGAAAGUUAUUUUACUGCAAGUGAAAGUGAAAGUGAAAGAAGAGGGGGUGUAGCGAUACAUGUACAAACACUACUGUCAAUUAAUUCAGGCAGCCAACUACCUCAGCCAACUACCUCUGCCACUUCAUAAUUGUUUAAUUAUUACGUUUACCUAAUUAAAAUUUUAUUUAUUUAUUUAAUUUUUCGAUGACAUAAAUUGAAGAGUUUGAAUAUUUAGAGGUGCAGAAGAAAUAU